UUGCUUUGACAUCUCUGCGUGGCAUUUUACCCGCGUUUCAGUUAUGCUUUUUUAUUGUUUUAUCAGUAAGGCUGUUCACUAUAAUUGAAUGUGAGCGUUUAUUAAAACCAGCGUUUAUUUUGCACCAUAUUUCAGCUCAGUCAUCGAUGAAUUCGUAACCGUAUACUACUAGCAUACUACUGUUACUAUGUUUGCCAUAGAAACACAUGAUAAAAGUAGCAAGAAUACUGUGCUAGUGUACUAUAUUCACGGUUCAUUGAGUUCAUCGGAGUCGGUUUAUUGAGUCGAGAACUGCUUGGGCUGAUUCAGUUAGGUUCGUGACCGAAACUUGUUCAAACGAUUCAUUUAAAGGAUUCGACUCCUUCGAACGAUUCGUUCACGAACCAGACAUCGCUACAUCCCUUCUUACACGCGGACCCUUUUCGAGGGGUCAUGACUCAUCUGAUCGCAAAUGUAUCAAUUCAGGUAGGAGCCAGCCUGAAUCAAUCCAUCUCGCUACAUAUUUUCGUUGUAAGCGCUUUCGCGAAAAAAAGAUCUUUGAUUUAGGAUUUCUUGGAGCGCUUGGCACCUUUCAUCAUGGCACCACAUCCUGUGGUUCAGGCAAUAAUAGACCUCUCUGCUGGUGCUAUAGGGGGCACAGCUUGUGUAUUUAGCGGUCAACCUUUGGACACGGCUAAGGUGAAAAUGCAGACAUUCCCCACUUUGUACAGAGGCUUUGUGCACUGCUUUGUGUCUACAUACAGACAGGUGGGCUUUCGAGGGCUGUAUCAAGGUACCACUCCGGCCCUCAUGGCCAACAUCGCAGAGAAUUCGGUGCUCUUCAUGUGCUACGGCUUUUGCCAAGAGGUGAUUCGCUUCAUCUCUGGUCAGGAGAAAGAGGCUGUGCUCAGUGACAUGCAGAAAGCGUGUGCAGGCUCCGUGGCCUCUGUUUUCUCCUCUCUGGUCUUAUGUCCCACUGAGCUGGUGAAGUGCCGACUGCAGGCCAUGCAUGAGAUGACCACUUCCGGCAAGAUCGCCCACAGUCAGAACACAGUUUGGUCGGUCAUGAAGUCCAUUAUGCGUAAUGAUGGUCCUGCGGGGUUCUUCCAGGGUUUAACCACCACAAUUGCCCGUGAGGUGCCUGGAUAUUUCUGUUUCUUUGGAGCAUACGAGCUCUGUCGCUCUCUCUUUGCUGAGUACAUGCACUGUGGCAAGGAUGACAUAGGUGUAGCCCCUAUUGUGUUCAGUGGAGGUUUUGGGGGAGCCUGUCUCUGGCUUGUGGUUUAUCCCAUGGACUGUGUUAAAUCCAGAAUACAGGUCAUGUCGAUGACAGGCAAGCAGUCAGGCUUCUUCAAGACCUUCAUGCAUAUCUUCAGAAUGGAAGGUGUAAGGGCUCUAUAUUCCGGUCUGACUCCCACAAUGAUCCGUACAUUUCCAGCCAACGGUGCUCUGUUCUUGGGUUAUGAAGCCAGCCGCAAAAUCAUGAUGGCACAGUUUGACAGCUGACCCUAUAACAGUACAC